AUGUUUUAAUAACAUUUUCAUCUCUAAUAACCAAGAAUUACUUAAAAUGAAUAUAAAAUUUUCAAUUAAGAGCAAAUUGAAUAAUAUAUGCCUCUUAUUCAGAACUAGACAUAUAGGAAUUAAGAGAAUAAUUAGUAGGAGUAUGAUUAAUUAUAAACUGCUAAUCAAGUAGAUGUAUAAAACCUUCCCCGUAACCAUUAAUUAUUAUUAUAAGCAAUAAAAGAAGAGAUAGAAGAAAACAUUUAUGGAACAAAAGUUAUAAAUGCUCUACUCCCAUCUGCAGAAAAGAAGAAUUUACAAGAUAUAGAAGAAGAAGAUGAUGAUGAAUAAAUUAUAUAAAAUAAAAUUGAAGAGGAACUGAAGAUUAUAGGCGAUGAGUAAGACAAUUCUAAUAAUUAUGAUGAUGAUUUAUAGAAUACUUUUGAAAAUUAAAAUUGCAUGCUUUUUCGAGAUGAUGGCUUUGGCUAGCACUAAGUUUUAGGAUUAGUUCAUGAAGCGAAUGAUAUCGACGAAGACUAAAAUGAUAAUGAUAUAGAUAUUUAAAAUGAAGAAAUUUAGUUAUAAAAGAUAAAUAAAAAGGGGUACGGUAUGUAAUUAAGCGUUGAAGAAGAUAAGAUAAAAGAAAGAGAUUUUUAAAAAUAUCAAAAAUAAAGAAGAUUAUUAAAAAUUGAUGAAUAUAUAAAUAAUUAACAAUAAAUGAGCUCUUAAUUAGAAAAAGGGUUCAUCAAUACAAACUCAUUUAAAGUAUCAGUUUUAGACACAUUUUAUUAGGAUGAUAUCCUAUUUGAAAAAGUAAUAAAAAAUGGAAGCAUUUCAUCAUAGCCAACAAAAAUAAACUGUGAAGAUAUAAUUAUAGGAAGAGGAAAUUAAAAAAAUACUAAAAUUGAUAUAAAUAUAAAUAGAGACUCACAGGUUUCUAAGCAGCACUGCAAGCUGGUAACUGAAUACUAUUACAAAUAAAAUAAUUCUUAAUUAGAAGGCUUAGAUUUAUUAAUUAAUUAUUACGAGUAAAUAUACAAGAAAAAUAAAGAUAAAAUAGAUAUUUAAACAAGAGCUCUCACUUUGCCAUAAAUACAAUAUACUUUAAAAAAAUUUCUAUAUCAAAAACCUAGCUUAUAUUUAGUUGAUUUAAGUAGCUCAAAUGGCUCACAGAUACUUAUUGAUUAUUAAAAAUAUACAAGAUUAGGCUAUGAUUAAUUUUUAUAGUGCGGAUCAAUUAAUUUGCAUGUAUUAGAGAUUAAUGAUUUAAAGCAUUAUGAUAACUUUUUAUCUUUAAUUUCAGAUUAUUUACUAGAAGAACUUUAAAGAGAGAUGUCUCAUGAGCAAUAAACGUUUAGCAAGUGUGGUUUGCCUCAGAAGUAUUUAAAUUUUGUUAUUGAAAGCUUUAAACAAAUUUCUGCUCUCCUCAAAAAAAUAAAUUUAUAUUAGACAAUUCAAAAAUAAGGUUUAACAGAAAUUUAUAGAUUUUGGAUACUAAAAUUCUUGAAUGCUAAAUUAAAGAAAAGAGAAGCAUUUGAAAUUAAGAUGAUCCCUUACAUCAAAAUAAAAGCUUAAUAAUACCUGAAAUAAGAUAGACCUAAAAAUUACUUUCUAUUUCAUGACGAAGAAAAUCCAAAAAUAUUUAAAGUAGGCAAAAGUGUAGAGUGUGAUGUACAACUUGAUAGCAACUUAAUUUCUAGAAAUCAUUGUGAAAUCAAUUACAAUCCUCAAACCAGUUAAUGGCUCAUAAGAGACGGUUUUCAAUAAGACAAAGAAAGAAAACCCAGUAAGAACAAAACAUGGAUUAAUCUGUAUAAUUGUAAAUAAAGCGAAUACUCUGAAACAAUUCCAUUCAGAUUAGAGCCUGAUUAAGAAUCUGUAAUAAAGUUAGGAAAUACAAUUAUAAAAAUAAAUAAAGAAGAAGAACACUUUGAAUAUCAUAAUCAAUAAUAAUAAAAUAAGCUUUUUAUAUGA